CAUGUGUGCGUCGGGGUUUUGAUAGCAUGGGGCAGCUAUGACAAGUGCCCCGAUAUUAUGGUGCUGGACCGCGCUCUUUUUCUCAACCGUGUGGAGCGGGGGUGUGGACCUACAGGGUCCGUUGUUUCUGCAGGAGCCGCCCCACCGCGUGGAGUUCAGCAACAGCUCCGGCGGCCGAGUCGAUUGCUCCGCACAUGGAAGUCCCUCGCCGGAAGUUGAGUGGAUCCUGGCAGAUGGAUCUCCCGUACACCAGGUUCCUGAUUUAAGACUGCUUUUCCCUAAUGGGUCCCUUAUAUUUCCCCCAUUUCCCAACGAGAGAUACAGACAUGACGUCCACGCAGCCGUUUACAGAUGUAGACUGAAAAGUGCACUUGGUAUUGUUAUUAGCAGGGAUGUGCAUGUUAAAGCGGUUGUAAAACAGAAAUACGACAUCCAGGUCCACGACGAGUACGUAAUAGCGGGCAACACGGCGGUCCUGAAAUGCAAGAUACCGAAUUACGUGGCCGAAUACGUGAUGGUGACGUCCUGGAUCCAGGACGAGUCCAUCAACAUCUACCCGAACACGGACAUCGGGGGGAAGUACGUGGUGUUGGCCAAUGGCGAUCUGUACAUCAGCAACGCUGGACUCGGCGACGGCUACAAGAACUACGCCUGUCGCACCGUCCACCGUCUAACUGGCGAGGUACAGACCAGCACGUACCCCGGAAGGAUAAUAGUGACGGAGCCGAAGGGUAACGUGCAGCCGCGCAUCAGCGUCGACAAGUACAACGCACGUCGCGUGGCCCUCGGGGACGAUGUCACGCUGCCCUGCGUGGCCCAAGGUCAUCCCGUCCCAGGAUACUACUGGAAAAGAGAGCUGCAGGGUCAGAGUGUACCUGUUGCACUCGGCGAACGGCUCACCAUUCUUUCCGCCGGAUUACUCAGGAUAUCCAAGGUGAGAUUAGAAGAUCGGGGCGUGUAUGUUUGUUUUGCCAACAAUUCAGCCGGGGAGGAAAGCGUUCGUGUAACUUUGGAAAUUACUUCGCCGUUAUCGGUGCACGUGCAACCGCAAGGACAAAUCGUCGACGUUGGAAAGGACGCCAGCUUCCAAUGCAUUGUGAACGGCUACCCGCUGUCACAAACUACCUGGCUCCACAACGGGAAACCUGUGGCGCCCGACAACCGGAUCGAGGUGAUGGCGGAGCCGCCGCGCCUCACCGUCCACCACCUGACGAAGGAGGACAGGGGCAUGUACCAGUGCGUCGUCAGCAAUAACUGGGACCAGGCCCAGGCGACGGCCGAACUCGACAUGGGUGAUGCCGGACCGGAACUGAUCUACUGGUUCUCCGAACAGACGCUGCAACCGGGACCGACGGUCUCCCUCAAGUGCAUCGCGACCGGAAACCCGCCGCCCCAAUUCACUUGGACGCUGGACGGGUUUCCGAUACCCGACGAGCCCAGGUUCCUCGUCGGCCAGUACGUCACUAUUCAAGACGACGUUAUCAGCCACGUCAAUGUCAGCAACAUCAAAGCCGAGGAUGGAGGCGAGUAUACAUGCACCGCUCACAACACGGUGGGAAAAAUCUCCCACAGCGCCCGCGUAAACGUCUACGGACUGCCGUACAUCAGGAAAAUGACACGGAUAACGGGAGUAGCGGGAACGAGUCUGAUAAUUAAGUGUCCUGUCGCCGGGUAUCCCAUAGAGACGAUCACGUGGGAACGCGAAGGACAAGUGUUGCCGGUGAACAGGCGGCAAAGAGUCUACAGUAAUGGCACUUUGGUGGUCGAACAGACCCAGAGGAAGGAGGAUGCGGGCACCUACACGUGUCAGGCGCAAAACAGACAGAAGAAUUCGGCCAGGAGGGACGUCGAAGUUUCCGUCAUAGUGCCGCCGAAAAUCCUGCCGAUAAAUCCAAUGACGGACCUGCUGCGUGAAGGAAUGCGGGCGGCAAUAACCUGCCAGAUAAUGGAAGGUGAUCUACCGUUAACGUUUCGUUGGGAACGCAAUGGAAAAGUAGUUUCCAAUAAUGCCGCUCUUGGGACUCUUAUAAGACGAAUCGAUGAAUUCUCCUCAUCUUUAAUUAUUGAUCAGGUUACAUCAGCUCAUAGUGGGAAUUACACCUGCAUUGCUAGUAAUGUGGCUGGCGCCGAGAAGUAUGUCGUCCCACUUACUGUUAACGUACCUCCAAGAUGGACUGUCGAACCGUCUGAUUCAAAUGUGGCAGCAGGUCAAGAAGCCAUACUACAUUGCCAAGCAGAAGGUUAUCCAAAACCUGUUAUUAUUUGGAAAAAAGCUGUAGGUGAACAACCAGGAGAAUACAAAGACUUUUUAUACGAACCUAACGUUCAACAAUAUCAGAAUGGAUCUCUAAACUUCAUGCACAUAUCAAAGGAAAACGAAGGCCAGUACUUGUGUGAAGCUAAAAACAAUAUUGGAACAGGUGUUAGUAAAGUCAUAUUCCUUAAAGUGAACGCUCCAGCACAUUUUGCUCAAAAAAACAAACAAGUCCAAGUGGUGAAAGGGGAACAAGCCCAUUUACAAUGUUCCGCCCUGGGGGACACCCCGAUGGAGAUCCAAUGGAAGCUGGGCGGACAACACAUAUCAAACGAUGGCGAUCAGCGUUACUCAAUCAGAGAGCAAACCUUGGCGGAGGGAAUGGUGUCGGAGCUGGGAAUCGAAAGGACGAUCCGGCAGGACACCGGUAUAUUUUCGUGUUCGGCCACCAACGCUUACGGAAGUGACGAGAUGAAUAUUCAGUUGAUCGUUCAGGAGAUUCCGGAGCCACCCAGAAAUGUACGGGUUAUGGAUCAACAAUCCAGAUCCAUCGGUAUAUCUUGGACUUACCCCUAUGCCGGGAACAGCCCAAUCACUAAUUAUAUUGUUCAAUACAAACCUGGUGCUGAUGCAUGGCCAAACCAGCCAUUAAAAAUAACAGUACCCGGCUCACAAACCACAACCACAUUGCAGAACUUAAGACCUGCACAGGUCUAUCAUCUUCGUAUAUUAGCAGAGAACCGUCUCGGUUUAAGUGAACCAAGCCAGACGGUACAAGUGAAUACUUUAGAGGAAAUACCCAACGGAGCCCCACUUGAUAUAAGAGCGGAGGCUAAAAGCUCCACCGAGUUGGUGGUAACUUGGGAACCACCUCCUAGGGAGUCCUGGAAUGGAAAUUUGCUGGGCUACCACGUCGGUUACAAAGAAAAUACUGACGAGGGUAACGGUGCAUCUCAAGCCUAUAUAUUCAAAAGCGUUGAGGUUAGACCUCAUUUUGGAGGCGAGGCUACGUUACAGGGACUAUCCAAAUACACAAACUAUAGUAUUAAAGUGCAGGCUUACAACAGCAGAGGGUCUGGGCCUGCCAGUGUUCCAGUUUCAGCAAGGACAUUGGAAGAUUCACCCUCUCUUCCCCCUGAAAAUGUACAAUGCUCUGUAUUAAAUGCUCAAAGUUUACACAUAUCAUGGGAUCCGCCACUUCCUGAAGGAAGAAACGGCAUUAUCCAAGGAUAUAAAGUUACCUACCAUUCAGUUGGUGAAUGGUUUGAUAAUGACGACCAACAAACAAAAAUAAUAACUCAACUGCGCACAACCAUUUCAGGUUUAAGGAAGUAUACUAAUUAUAGCAUGACUGUGUUGGCAUACACCUCGACCGGAGAUGGAGUAAGAUCCAUGCCCGUCUUCUGCCAAACAGAAGAGGAUGUACCAUCAGCACCUGCGGAAAUAAAGGCAGUUUUGAGUGCUUCCAAUAAAGUGUUGAUCUCCUGGUUGCCACCCAAGUACAGCAACGGACCGUUGAUGGGAUACACAUUUUAUAUGAGCAUGGUGGAGGAUGGAAGAGAGGAAGGUACCCACAAACGGAUUCUCAGUCCGGUAACUGAAAUGCACGAAAUCGUGAAGCAACAAGACACUGCCACCCUGCAAUUUUGGGUAACCGCAUCCACUAGAAUAGGGGAAGGUGAAAGUACCAGAGUAAUAACUGUGACUCCUUCGAAAAACGUACCGGCGAAGAUCGCAUCGUUCGGCAGGGAAAUAAUAAGCGCCUGGAAACAGGACAUAUAUCUACAUUGCCGAAGAGUCGGUGUUCCACUACCAAACGCCGUUUGGCGACUGAACGAGCUCCCCCUGGAAGUGGGAGGUCGCAGGUCGAUAUUACCCAACGCCACCCUGGUGAUCAAAGACGCCCAGAGCGUGGACCAAGCCAAUUAUUCGUGCAGCGUUGAGAACCAAUACGGACGUGACGAGAUAAUCUACAGUUUGAAGGUACUGGUACCGCCGGAAGCGCCACAACUGAACGUCGUGGACGCUUUCACCGACAGUUUACAUUUGAAAUGGGGUGACCAGGGAAAUGGUGGAUCGCCCAUUUUAGGAUACGUCAUUAAUUAUAAAAGGGAUCAUGGGGACUGGGAGGAAUUGCAGAUACCCGCGAGAACCGAUGAACACAUGCUGAGGAACCUCUGGUGUGGAAGCAGGUACUUAUUGUACAUCACCGCGUUCAACCGAAUUGGUACGGGGCUUCCCUGCGACAUUGUUACUGCUCACACCAAAGGCACAGUUCCAUUAAAGCCGAAGCAAUCUCAGAUGUUGACAAUGAACGCCACGGUUGUAACUGUGUGGUUAGACUCUUGGGGUGACGGUGGAUGUGGAAUUAUGCAUUUCGCUAUUGAAUACAAGUCUGUCCAACAUUCCUCCUGGACUAUGUCUUCGAGUCAUGUCAAACCCACUGAGAGGAUUUAUAGUAUAUCUGAUUUGUCACCUGCCACAGAAUAUCAGCUGAAAAUUACGGCUCACAAUAACGCCGGAUACACUGAAGCCCUUUAUAAUUUUACUACGUUAACAUUACUAGGAAUUGUUCCAGAAUUAUCACCACCUGUGUCACAUUCAGGAGACCAUCCGUUUUACACAAACGCCAGAGUGUUGGUACCAAUUCUAUUGUCAAUUUUAGUUUUAGUGGGGCUUAUUGCGACAUUAUUUUGGAAAAUUAGAAGAGAACGUGGCAAUCAAAAUCAUUCGAUCGGCGAGUCUCCUUCGAUGGCCCAAAUGCAGAACAAACAGAACAGGGAUCAGCAGUACCUGGCGGUUCGUGUGGGACGCGGACCUCAGCCUCUCGCAGUCGACACGGACACAUACAAAACGGAAUCGGCCGAUUACAUAGAAGACAUAUGCCCAUACGCCACGUUCCAACUGUCCAAGCCGGCGUAUAGCGAAAGCUCGUACAGUGGGAACGUCUAUAGCGGACCGUACCACUCGGUACGGGGUUCUUUUGUAUAUCAUGAUGUUAAACAUCCACCUAAUGAUAAGUUUAAGUUAGGACAUAGUAAAGAGCCAGAGUACACCAAGGUUCGACGAAAAGGUGGUAGACUUAGAGAUCCUCAUUCAGAGAGCCAAGAGUCUGAUAAUCUGGGCAGCACUGACUCAGAAGUCAAGAAGAUUCUAACGCUGCACCUGCCUAUUUCAGAGUACGAUACUCUCGGGUCGGAUUCUGACGGCGACGGCCGAGCGACCAGUCAAGAGCUCAUGUCAUUUAGUCAUAGGAUGAGAGGUGGCGCGGAAGGUUCGUCGUCUUCGUCGGAAACGUCCCCGCAUUCGGGCAGUGUGGGUCGUAAGCCGUACCAGUCGAGGAAGGGCAAAGGUAAAGCGGCGCCGCUUAAUAAGAAGCACGUGAGAAGCAGCAGCGGAUAUUCCAGUCACAACGACGAAACAACAUUUAGUAUCUCCCACGCUCCCAGUUUCAGCGAACGAAUUCACCCACCCAGUAGGUUUUCCGACUUAAACCCCAGAGAUCUCAGUGAGAGUGAAUACGAGAAGGGUCUGAAAGGCAGGGGACUGUCGAAGCUAACUAGGGAAGCAUUUCAGAUUAAUGUCUAAUCAUGUUUACAAUAUUCCAAUAUUCGUUAUCUUAAAUAUUUUGAUACGAUUUCAAUAUUUGUAAAUGUACAUAAACUGAUGGUUAAAUUGUACUUUCGUAGAGACUGUUACCUAACAGUCCUCACGACCAAGAACAACGAAAUUAUUAAUUCUCUAACACUAUUUGAAAAUAAUAUGAUAUGAUUUUUUAAUAGUAUUUAAGGAUUAUUGAAAGUAUCGACAAGAGAAAUUCACAGGACAUUCUAGUGUUUCUAUCACUUUUUUGUAUUAAAUACUAAUUAUCAUCAUUAGUCUACAGUAUUUUGUAUUUAUCUUAAUCAAUUUGAUGUACUGUUUACAAUUUAAACACCAUAUCUAUAAAGUUACUUUACUCAACCGUCUAUUAUAAAGUUAUUAAUCAUUUUUAUGUGUAUAAUCUCUCUAAAGAAAUAGAAUGUAUCCACAAGUAACAAAGAUAAAAAGUUGUACCAUAUGUGUCCCUAACAAAUCAAAAAAAAAAAAAGUUGGUUAAACCCAGGCAAAUAUAUUAUCAGAAUAUUUCUAGUUAGUAGAACAAUUGAUAAUAUGAAAGUGCAUAUUUAACAUCAAUUUAUUAUAAUUUGAAUAUAAUAGAAAUGUGUAAUAGUUUUUAUUUUGUACAAACAGUUUUUAUGAUUUUAUAUGAUGGAUACAGAUAAUGCAGUAGACGAAUCAAUAUGGAAAUUGAUAGAAACUGGCCGGUGCCUUUUUGGGAAUCCACAUUCUGAACAACAAUAGUCGCAACAUGUCAGUUCCCGCAACUUCCAGAUGGGUGUGCCAAAAAACAAAGACGUAAACGAUAAUAAAAAGUGCAUAGGUGCAGCGAUGUGUGUUAUAGAUUUUAUAGAUUGUUAUAUAAUGUUAAUGAAAAAAAAAAUGGAUAAAUGGUUCUUCACUUUCUAGUCUAUGUGUGUUAUUUGUUAUUGAUAACACAUUCACAACAUUAUUGUCUGAAAUUGCAAAAAUUCACCCUCCCUGCUAAAUUACAAAAGAACUGUACAUUUUGGAUAUACCUUUAUAUUGUACCAUUAUGUAAAAUGUAAUAAGAUAUAAUAAAAUGUUGUGUU